CCUGUUUCUGUAGGAAACAUAUGCCGCUCUCCAAUAGCUGAAGCAGUUUUUAGAAAACUUGUAACUGAUGAAAAAGUUGAAAAUAAGUGGAGGAUAGACAGUGCAGCGACAUCUACCUAUGAAAUAGGAAACCCUCCUGACUAUCGAGGACAGACUUGCAUGAAGAAGCAUGGCAUUACCAUGAAUCAUAUUGCCAGGCAGGUUACUAAAGAUGAUUUCCAGACCUUUGAUUAUAUACUUUGUAUGGAUGAAAGCAAUCUAAGAGAUCUGAAAAGGAAAAGCAACCAGGUUAAAGACUGCAAGGCCAAAAUUGAACUGCUUGGGGCAUAUGAUCCACAGAAACAACUUAUUAUUGAAGAUCCAUACUAUGGGAAUGAAAAGGACUUUGAAACUGUUUACGAGCAGUGUGUUAGAUGCUGUAAAGCAUUUUUGGAGAAGCCUCAUUAAUGUUUAAUCAUUCUAUUUCUAAAAGAAAAUAAUUAGCUUCUCCUGAAAUAUGUAAGCUUUCCUUGAUUGAUGUAUUUAAAUUGUAAAAUUGUGCUUCCUUAGAAGAACAAUUCACAACUUUUUUCAGUUUAAUUUUUUAUUGCAGUUUUUCUCAUCUCAUUGGAAAAACAGAUAUUGUAGAUGAACCAUUUUCUCACAUACCAAUGUAAUAAUAAAGUACUUGUUGACAAUAAAUUUAAUCUGUAAACUCUUACAGUGCUUUCUCAGAAGCACUGAAAAAAAAAAAAGUCUUGCUUCUUUAUGCGCUAUACAGAGUCAUCAAGAAGUUGUCUCAUUGCGCCAUUAGUGAGUUAGUUGAAGCCAACUUUCUGCAGGUGUAUGUGAAAUAAUAGUUCAUGUAUGUUAAUGUAGGCUUGUCAUCCCAGUAUCAUUAGACAACUUUCAGAAAGAAGCUUUUUUAUAUUGAGACUGGUGAACUAAGGAAACUGCCUUCCCAGGACAGGAGUUGUUCUUAGCACUAUUUCAAAGUUCAAGCAAGCAGAACUUGUUAUCAGGAUCCUGUGAAAAUGGUUUGUUAUUUAGGUCUAAAUCUUCAUUUAUCAAAGAAGAAAUCAUUUUGUGCUGAUAGAUUUUUUUUUUUUUUAUGCUCAUUAAAAUGAAAUCAGUUCGGAGAUGGUCACUGAUGAUGGUACGAAGACUUCUCUGGUUCAUCUUCCUUUGGUCUUGGGGCCAAUUUGUAGCACACUGCUGUACAUAAAGUAAUAUAGCACUUGCUUUCACAGUAGAACAGUUCAGUUUAAAAGUCUAAAUGUGAAGUGUAUAUUUUAUAUCAGAAGUAAAAUAUUCAAACAUUCAAUAUUCCUAUAUGAGUGGCAGAUGAUAUUUUUGUAUUUACUCAGGAGAAUGGAUAGCAUCUCAAAAAUGUUCUUUAAGAAUAUAGUUCAACUGGAAGACAGUCAUAAGACUGUGAUAUAAUUUGAAGCUAUAUGAAGGCAGUAAGUAAGAAGUUGUGCUCUUGCACACACAAAAAAAUGGAAUGCAUUAUGAAAAUCUACUCUUAUUUGUCUGAACAUCAUCCUCAAUUUUUGCUUUAUGCAGAAACGUGACUGUGAAAUGUAAUUAGAUCAGUAAUGUGACUGAUGCCAUCUUUUCCUAUUUCGAGUAAUGCUGAUAUUGAUAUGAACAAGGAUUACUACAUGAUCUGUAAAACUGUAAAAUUUGCUUUCUUAUUUA